UCCUCGCCGGGGUUUAGGGGCGCCGCGGAGCCGGUUCCCUGGGAGGCUCUGGCGGCUGUAGCUGAGGUUUCACCCCUUUGGGUUUUCCAGCCAGCAAGUACUUCUGAGAGCGUGGCGGGGUCUCCGGCCACAAGUUCAGUUCCGGUCAGCCAGGCAGCGGAACUGAGGAGGCAGAUUGGCGGGGGCGGGAGGUGGCGUAGAACGAACAAGGGACUUGGGCCGACGACCUUUUCGUCCCUGGAGUAUACUGCAUGAUAAACACAGGAACUCAGAUGGAUUUAGAGGUUAAAGGAGUUGCUGCCACUUCUAGGAGCCAAAUUCAGCCAUUCUUUGGAAGAAAGAAGCCUCUACAACAAAGGUGGACUUCUGAGUCAUGGACAAACCAGAAUUCUUGCCCACCAGUGGUCCCACGACUUGAUUUGGGAAGCCUUGUUGACUCUGAUGAUGAGGACAAUUUUUCAUAUAUUCCACUUAGUACAGCAAACCUGCCAAAUUCAUCUUCUACUCUUGGCUGGGUCACACCAUGUCAAACUCCAUAUACUCAGUAUCAUCUAAAUAAAUUGGAUCAGAACACAAUACCUGAAAAUUUGCCAGCACCAACAGACAAAUAUAAACUAAAAUAUCAGCAAAGUAAAACUGAAAUUAAAGAGAGCUAUAAGCAGUAUAGUCAGAGAAAUGCAGAAAAUACAAAAUCAAAUGUUACACAUAAACAGUCUCCAAGAAACAAGAUAGAUGAAAAGUGUGUGCAAGACGAAGAAGCCAACACAGAUGACCUUACGACUCUGGAUAGGAAAGCCCUCUUACAGGAAGGUUAUGCAGACAACCCUUGCGAUAAACAACAGAGGGCAAGAAAAUUGGAUGCAGAAAUUGUGGCUGCAGAGAAGAAGAAACAGAUUGUUGCAGAGCAAGUGAUGAUAGACCACUUAUCUAGGGCUGUAAUCAGUGAUCCAGAACAAAAUUUAGCCAUUGAGCAAAAAGAAAGUGAUCAUAUCCUUCCAGAUUCAAAGAUGACACCUCUUCGAUUUAGAAAAAGAACACUGCAUGAAACAAAGAUAAGAACUCAUUCUACAUUAACUGAAAAUGUGCUUUCUCAUAAAUUACAGUUUGAUGGUAGGAUCGUAUCACGUAAUGGACGUGAUGCUUGCAGAGAGCUCAUUGGGUUCUUUUUCACUCAUGACCAAUCCCUUACAAUUUAUGAAUAUCGACAAUUUGGGAAAAAUAGAACAAAUGUGCUUCCUUUUAUUCAAAAAAGCAUUUAUAAUCAUCAGUGUGGACGAAGAAAAGGAAAACAAUACCGACUUGGUGAUUUUUAUGUUGGUGCAACCUUGACAUUUUUUAGUUCUGAUCAUCUCAGCCUUCCAGAAAGCAUCAAAGAAAACACAUUACUUAAACUCCGAAUCACAAAUAUUGAUCAAAUAGCUUUGGAUUCUCUCAAAACUGCUUCUAUGGAACAGGAGGAUGAUAUAAUCAUUCAAGAAACCAAUGAUAGGCUGGUCUUCAAAGCAAUUCAAGAGAGCCUUGCUCCAUUGCCUGGGCUGGAGUGCAAUGGUACAAUCACAGCUCACUGCAGCCUCAGAUUCCUGGUUUCAAGUGUGCCUCCUUGCCUCAAGCCUCAUGUGCUAAAAGAAAAACUACAUAAAAGAGGUGUUCGUAUUUUGACUGGAUUGGGAAAAUAUUUUCAACAGUUGGACAAGGAAGGAAAUGGACUUUUAGAUAAGGCAGAUUUUAAGCAAGCUCUAAAAGUGUUUCACUUAGAAGUGUCUGAAAAGGAUUUUGAGUCUGCAUGGCUAAUUCUGAAUGACAAUGGCAAUGGCAAGGUUGAUUAUGGAGAAUUCAAACGUGGUAUUAUUGGUGAAAUGAAUGAAUACAGGAAAUCAUAUGUUCGAAAGGCCUUUAUGAAACUGGAUUUCAACAAAAGUGGCAGUGUGCCUAUUAUAAACAUAAGAAAAUGUUACUGUGCAAAGAAGCAUUCUCAAGUAAUUUCAGGCCAUUCAACAGAGGAAGAAAUCAAAUCAUCCUUUCUAGAAACAUUAAAAGUUGCCUGCAGCAAGUCUGAUGAAGUGUCAUAUGGUGAAUUUGAAGAUUACUAUGAAGGUUUAAGUAUAGGAAUAGUAGAUGAUGAAGAUUUUGUUAACAUCUUACGUACUCCAUGGGGGAUUUAGUCUUUAAUAAUACAUAUGUCAUCAACACUAAGCAUUUUAUUGGAGAGAUGAUAUCAAUGUAAAGGAUGAUCAAACACUGGAAUAUAUUUUCCUAGGACUUCCUUUAUUCUGGUUUUUUGUUUGUUUUGUUUUGUUUUCUCAAAAACGUUGAAUUUGGAAAGAGAACUAUCCAGAAAGAUAGAUGUAGGGGUGUGUUAGUGUUUGUGCAUGUGUAUGCCUGCUCACAUGUCCUUACAUUUGUAAAGAUAUCUUUUUGGUUUAUUACUUAUCUUGCAUAUAUUUUAGAGGUCAUUUUUUAUUAACUUCAGUAGGAAAGUUACAUCUGCAUCAAACAAUAUGGCAACAUCUAUUUAUUAACCAAGUUUCCUGUCCUUUCACAUUGUUUUUUGCUACCUCUUCCUCAGAAUAUAUUUGCCACCAUUGUCAAUUUGAUAAAUUAGAAUUGGGCCCAAAGCCAGUGAAAUAAUUCAAUGUGUUUUUAACACAUGAAAAUAUUAAAGGAUAUGCAAGAGAAAUUUUUCAAGCAGUGUGAUUAUAGAUGUUUUCUGUAUAUAGAAUAUUUCAAAUGAUGGAGGUUUACAUGAUGCUCAUUUAAAUACUGACUUGUCUUUUAAAUCUGUCUUCUAAAUUAUGUACUGUUGUUGGUUAAAUAGAGCACAAUGUAGUUAUUCUAAUGCCCAGUUGUAUUUGUUCUUUUAUUCUGUUUUUUAACUGUAAUCCUUUUUACCAGCAUACGAUUGUUAUUGAGCAAUAUGAAAGGGAAAUGUUCUUUAUUAAAAUCAAUACAUUAUCUUAUUAAACAAAGAUCCUAAAAGUAUAUUGUUGCAUAUAUGAAUCCAAGGAAUAGUUCAGUAAUUAUUGCCUAAAAUGUGAAAGCAUAUUUUGUAUCCUAAAAUGAAUGUAUGAUAUUCUAAACAUCUGUUUUAGUAUAGCAAACAAUUGAAACAUUUCCUUCUAAAUAUAUGUUAUUUAAUAGUUACAUGUAUUAUAAUCAUUCUUUCUAAAUUCUUUGCUAGUCAUUUCUUCCUGGGAAUACAGAGAAAAGAGACAACUUUAUGAGUUGUUUUCAACUUCAUAAUUUUAAAUUUUCUAUGUUAAUAUAACAUAAAUUAGAAAAAAUAAGUGAUUCAAAAUGAAAACAUUUACUUUGUAGAAUAUGACUUUAGACAUAUCACUGUAUCCAUCUAUACUUGGCAGCAACAUGAGAAGUGUGAUACAUGUGAACCCAACAAAUUCAAAGUUGCACUUUUCAAGAUGUGAGAAGGUACUAAAACUUAAUACUAAAACAUUAGAGGGAAAAUAUGUGUAAACCUCUAGUGCUAUUUUCACUGGCUAAAUUCUUUAUUUCUUGAUUUUUUUAAAAAUUAGGUUAUUAAAAUUAAAACAAUAUGCUAGAAGACAUUUUGGCAGAAAUAACUCUAUAACACUAUUUUUGUCACAUAUCUUUUUCUUGGAAAAAUUUAUCCAACUAUAGACAUCUUAAACCCUACAAAUUGUUCUUGUUAAAAAUGACUAAUACUGGGGGUGCUCAAUAUGCAUAUAGUGUUUUUCAUUGAUAAUUUUUAUUUAGUUCUUAAGAAACCUGUUCUUAAUGUUGGCAUGUCACAUUUUUCUGUUACUAUAAUCAGAAAAUGUAUAGUCUGUUACACUGUAAAAAAAAAAAAAAAGGGAAGCUACUUUUGGAAUGUAACAUGUUAACAUGGCAGCAUACUCUUAGUAUUAAUCUUAAUCUUCCUAACGUAAGCAUUCACAUGUGGUUUUUUGUAGGAAAUAGCUCUAUUUAUGAGAUUUUUUUGGUGUAUUUUGUUAGAAUUGGUGACACAGUAAAUCAUUCUGCUUUUGGAUUUGCCUGACUGCCUGCAUUCUUCUUUGAUUUUGGUAUAGUAAAAUCUGUUAUUUUGUGUUAAACUUAAUAAAAGAGCAUUUAAGAGAAGUGACAUUUCAAACAUCCACAACACAACUGACUUUUGAAAUCCUAUGCUUAAUAGUCUUUGUAAUUCUAAAAGACCUUUUGAAAAUGUUAAAAUAUUAAAUUAUAUGUUGUAAUGCUGUUACAUGAAUUUUAUAGUUAUGUAUAUUUUAUAGAUCUCUAUGUCUUUGUAAGUUACUUGCUUGUGUGCUAUAUAAUUGCUUUCUCAGUUAACCAUACUGUUUAUGGAAUUGUAUAUACUGAUUUUUCUGUUUUUAUAUUUUAAAAAUAAAAGUUGAGAAUUUUAAGGAAAAACAUUUUAUUAAAAAGAAAAGGUAUAUUAUAUAGGAAUUUUAAGCUAACUUUUAAUGGAAAGGACAUACAUAUUUGCAUGAUGGAGCAAUCACAUUAUAGUUAAAAAUGUAUGUCCCUGUUUUAAAUUUUAUAGUAUAUAAAUAUAUGUGCUAAUGAACCAGUGACUCUGCAUAGAGGCAGUCACUUAGAGUAAUUAAUAAUCUUGAUACAGCUGUAGAUCAUGUCUUAUUUUACAUAUUACUUUUGACUUCCAGUUUAAGUUGUUUGUUAUCAAGUAUUUCAGGAGAGAAUUGUGUACAUUAGGCUAUGUUUACUGCAGAUUAUGUAACAUGCUUUUAUGAGAUUAUAGUUUGUAGUGCUUGCAAAUAUAAAACAUGUACCCUGAUAAACUAUAAUCGCUACUAGGUUGACCAGCAAGGACAAACAUGAAAAUGCUUAAAAAAAAGAAAGCGCUUAAAACAAAGAAAUAGAAGGUAAUGGGCAUAUAUAAAAUAAGCCAAGCAAGAGAAGAGCAAAGACAAUCUGCAGGGUGGACAUGGAUGUAUUCGUUUCUGAUCAUGAGAAGAGGCUCUUGUCAUACAUAUCCUUCCAUUUUUAUUUUAAAGUUCUAUAAACUUCUGAGGUAAACUGAUUUCUUGGAUGUACUUAAUAAAGAAUAAAUGUUUCAUAUUGGA